CGACUUGCUUGCUCCAUGCUUCACGAAAUGAUCGCCGUCGUCGUCGCCUGGCUCGCCUUGCCGUCACCGCUUGCCAUGCAGGUCGCUGUGCUUUUCCUCUACUAUGCUGGUUCCGACUCUGCCGUCUGGGAGCUCUUGCGCCGCAGUGUCGCCAACCCCGUGACGACGUGCGUGGUGGUGGCGCUCUCGACGUGCAUGUGGUCUUGGCUGCCAUGGCCCGUCGCGAUCCCAACCAGCGUGCUUCUCGUGCUUGUGGCGCUGGUCAACCCCGCGGUCAUUGCGUGCCUCCGUCGCGUGGACGUGCGCGACUUCCACGCGGCCAACGACGAGAUCGUGAAUGGCGUCAAGCUGCUCCUGCUCAUUCACAUUCGCCCGCCGCCGCGGGCGACAAGCUCCCGCCUCGUCGUACUCGCCUUUGUCCGCGACGAAGUGAUUACAGCCACGCUUCAGGCGUUGUUGAGCAUAGGCUACCGCUACGCGGCAGGGACGGACAACAGCGAGGGGUUUCUCAAGCUCGUGUGCAAGAAUGUGAUCUCGACCUUUGUACCACCGUUCCUUUACAAGCCAGUCACCUAAGACCACGUACUCCAUUUACCUUCAACAUGAAGACAUGUUGACGCGUCCUGAC